ACAGAGACAGAGAGAGAGAGAGACACACACACACACACACACACACACACGGAGAGAGAGAGAGAGAAGGGGGUCACAUCAAAAAAGUGCGACAUAGGAAAACAAGACAGAAAAUAGCAGGGAGACAGAGGGACGCUGUAAGGAUAGUAGUCCUCGCUCACAAUUACUGAGCUUAAUAAACAAGGAGCAGCGCUAUCAGUAUGUUGAUGCUGGAUGGGAUGCCAGCCCUGCAAGUUAAAAUCAAUCCUGCAGAGUCACAGAGACGGUCUCCUGUGAUCCAUGACUACGCAGAGAUGGGUGUGCUGGUGUUGAACCGCAGAUUUCGGACACAGCCGGAUGACAGACGAUUCAUGUCUGACCCCUUCCAGACGCAAACCGAGCCCGUGGAUCUGUCCACCAACAAAGCCAGAACCUCCCCGUCACUUUCAGCAUCGUCAUCUUUAUCCUCAUCUCCCUCGUCUUCUUCAUCAUCGAUACGAUUUUGUCCACGCUCUCCCCCCUCCAGCAAGUCUCUGCCAUCUUCAUCCCCGUCAUCAUUAUCCAUGCCUUCAUCCUCCUCCACAUCGGUCAUAACCCCAGUUCCCCGUUUGAAGAUGUCUCCGUCCUGCUCUGUCCCGGUGGUGUCAUCUCUCCCAUCCAGGGGUCUCAGGGGGCAGUCGUUUUUGCACAUACCCCAGCUGAUGCCUCCGUGUUCCAGUCCGGUCCAUGUCCAUCCUCGCCGGGUGCCGGUGGUGGUUCAGCCAAUGCCGCUGGUCUACCCUGGGGUGGGUUCGCUGGGCAGCAGCAGACUCAUGAUGCCACUGCUGGAGGAAAACAGGAUGCACAGGAAAGUGAUGCACCGAAUGGCAGAUGGACUUUCACCACGACGAUCUCUGAGUGACAGCGAGGAUGACGACUUGCCCAACGUGACCUUGGAGAGUGUGAAUGAAACAGGAUCCACCGCCCUGACCAUCGCCCGUGCUGUCCAAGAUUCCCUGUUGCCGUUCAGUAUUGAGAGUCUGCGGAGGCCCAGGCCUUCAGAAUCACCAGACUCAAAGAGGAGACGCAUUCACAGGUGUGAGUUUGAGGGCUGCAAUAAGGUUUACACCAAAAGCUCUCACCUUAAAGCUCACAGACGCACACACACAGGUGAAAAGCCAUAUAAGUGCACGUGGGAUAACUGCACAUGGAAGUUCGCUCGCUCUGACGAACUGACGCGACAUUACCGCAAACACACCGGCGUCAAACCGUUCAAAUGCAGCGACUGUGACCGCAGUUUCUCCCGUUCGGACCACCUUGCCCUCCACCGCCGCAGACACGCUCCACAAACAUGCCUAGUGUGAAAAAAAAACCACACUCGACGGACAAAACAAGCAGAAAGAGCGGGUCUCUCUCUGCCAGUGCCGCAUGCAGAAGCUCUGGAAAUAUUCCCCGCACAACAAUAAUGAGGUGAAAGGUAUGGUCAGUUCGUGGAUUUGGAUAGAUAUGUAUCUUGAGAUUCGUCAGCAUUUAUUUGCCUUUCCUUCAUACGGUUUAUUGUUCUGCACUUUUAGGUGAGGUUUAUUCGUAAAGGUGGGAGCCUUGAGUCUUUAAUAAUGAACUAUUAAAAGCCAUGUGCUGUAAAUGUGUUUGUUAUACAGGUUUCCUUCAGGUUUACUCAUGGAAGCCUAAUGGAAUUGAAGGCUUUUCUUUUUACAACAGUCUCAAAAAUAUGUAGAAAUCAUGUUGUACUUAUUUUUUCUCGUUUGAAAAGCAUCGCAGAGGAGCCUAAAUAUUUUCCGUGCAAGCUUCGGUUAUGCGUUUAGCAAAAAAAAGUCACUUUGAAAAACAAAAAACAAACAAAAUACAGUUUGCAGGGUAUUAAAGGCAUGGCUGUAAGUGUGUAGAAUUUAGUACAUAGGCCUACAACAAUAUCAAAACCCACAUAUAAGGACAAUAAAACAAACAUGACAGUAUUUACUGCAAGUUCACAGCUUUGCAUGGGCUCCUCCAGUUAUCACUUUAUUAUGAAUUUUAAAAUAGUUUUUUAUGUAUAACUAAAUGUGAGAAGACGUACGUAACAUUUAAACUUUCCCUGCAUCAUUUGUGCACAAAACUAGUGUAGCAGAUGUCUGUAUAUUUUAUAGUCUUUACCAUGUGGUAUAUAUAUAUUUUUUGUUUGUUUGUUUGUAUUGUAUGUCAUAUAUUUGUUCUUUAUUCCAAGUUUGCACCCCUCUGUCCAUUAAUAUGUGAUGCCAAAAUCUAUAGUAUUUUACAGGGAACCCGAUGACUAAAAAUCAUGAGUGUAAAUGAUCGUCAAAUGGGCAUUCCUUUUAUUAUUAUUAUUAUUAUUAAUUUCUUUUACAAUGAUGUAUCUGUAAAUGAUGUUAUGGUAAACAUUUCAGUUUUAUAUGGAUUCAACUGUGAAUUUAUACAUAAAUACAGUAUAUGUUAGAAACAAGGCAUGAAUAAAAGCACCGAUUUGUAUGUUCAGAAAAGACUUGUGUAAAUUUAAAUCAUGCAAAAACAUGAUGUAAGACAUUUUAAGAUGUUAGAUCACACUCUUCACGCCAGAUAAAUAGAUCUAGUCCCAGACGCCAGAUCCUGUCAGAAAAUGUUUCUUUGGGUAUCCAGACAACAAGCCAGCGGAUUCGCCAAUAGCCAAACCAACCUCUUAUCCAGCACCAUGAUGUGGACGCACUGGGUGCUGCUUUUCCACAUGUCAUUGUUUAUGAAUAGAUUACACCAAAAAGAACAUGAUUAAUCUUGACAAACUAUACAUCAGUCUAAAGCAACAACAAAGCAGCCAAUGCAGUUGUAUUUAAUGGGAAGCUUAUAAAGAA